GCUGCAGAGCGGCCAUGGCGGCCACCUGCGUCCCGCUGUGGGCCGUGUGCGUGCUGCGGGUGGCCCUGGCCACCGUCUACUUCCAGGAGGAGUUUGUAGACGGAGAGCGCUGGAGGAACCGAUGGAUCCAGUCGACCAAUAACUCCCAGUUCGGGCACUUUAGACUCUCGUCCGGGAAAUUUUACGGUCAUAAAGAGAAAGACAAAGGUCUGCAGACGACACAGAACGGUCGGUUCUACGCCAUCUCCGCCCGCUUCAAGCCGUUCAGCAACAAAGGGAAGGCCCUGGUCAUCCAGUACACUGUGAAGCACGAGCAGAAGAUGGACUGCGGCGGCGGCUACGUCAAGGUCUUCCCCGCCGACCUGGACCAGAAGAACCUGAACGGGAAAUCCCCAUACUACAUCAUGUUUGGACCUGAUAUUUGUGGAUUUGAUAUCAAGAAAGUUCAUGUAAUUUUACAUUUCAAGAAUCAGUAUCAUUCAAACAAGAAACCAAUCAGGUGUAAGGUCGAUGGCUUCACGCACCUGUACACGCUGAUUCUACGGCCGGACCUCACUUACGAAGUGAAAAUCGACGGGCAGGCGAUUGAAUCAGGCAGCAUCGAGUACGACUGGAAUCUAACGUCGCUCAGAAAAAUGGAGAAAUCAGCGGAGUUGAAGGACCGGGAGAAAAAUGACAAGCCUCAGGACUGGGAGAAACACUUUCUGGACGCCAGUGCCAGCAAGCCCAGCGACUGGAACGGUGACCUGGACGGGCCCCUGCUCCAGAAGCCGCCCUACCAGGGUGGCCUGAAACCAGAGGGCAUCAACCAAGACGUCUGGCUCCAUCAGAAGAUGAAGAGCACAAACUACCUGACAGAGUUCGACCUCUCGGAGUUUGAGAACAUCGGUGCUAUCGGGCUGGAGCUUUGGCAGGUGCGAUCCGGAACCAUCUUCGAUAACUUUCUGAUCACUGAUGAUGAAGAGUACGCUGAGAAUUUUGGGAAGGCCACCUGGGGUGAGACCAAGCAAUUCCACAGAUGCUGACAGACGCACAUGGUCGGUUGUGAAAGCAUCACCAGAAAUCAAGAUACAGGACUGUCGCAUAUCCCGCAAAGUGUCCUUGUGCCCCAGUAUGGCCAGUCCUGUGCCCACUGCAGGCAACCCCCGAGCCGCGAUCUGUCCCCGGAGUCGUGCCUUUCCCAGAACCCGUCAGUGGGAUCCCCGUGUACGGAGCUGCUGGGAGCGGCUGUGGCCGAGCGUGAUGGCUGUUACGUACCCCCGGGUCACCAGGGCCACCUCCUUGCUUCAGGGCCAUCACUUGACUGCAUCUGCUGAGUCCUCUUGUCCAAAUCGGGUCAUGUCUACAGGUUCCAGGGGGGAGGAUCAUUGGGAGCCAUGGCUCAGCCCCCCACUAGGUGUGGAGGCCUCUGGAGAGCAGGGGCGGGCGGAGUGUAGACCACCAAGGCAGUCCCCAGUGAGCUAAUCCGCAGCCUGUGGGGGCCUCUGUCUCUUUCUCCAGGGCCCAGAAAGGGAGAUGGACGCCAUCCAGGCCAAGGAGGAGGUCAGGAGGGCCCGCGAGGAGGACGAGGAAGAGAUGCUGUCAGGAAAGCUUGGCGGGCACGACAAUUAUUUCAGC